AUGGAUGGAACCGUAGCUUUGUUGAAGACUUCUCCAAUGCGUGUAGGUGGUGAGGUUGAUGAGUCUGCAGAGACUUUGCUUCUUGCUAUUGCGCAAGAUGAAAACUCGAAUAUAUUGCCAGUUGCGUUUGCACUUGUUGAGUGGGAGAAUGCUGAGUCGUGGACUUUUUUCUUAUCCCACUUGCGUCAACAUGUGACCCCACAGGAAGGGGUUCUGGUGAUCUCUGACAGAUACAACGACAUUAAGGCUGCACUAGAGGCACCAGAGAGUGCUAAUUUUGCUCUCAGCUUCAAGGGUCAGGAUGCAAGGCGGAUGCUCGUGAAUGCGGCGUAUGCCAAGACUGAGGCCGAGUUUGACUACUGGUUUGAUAUUAUGAGGACUGAGAAUUCGGCCAUGUGUAAUUGGGCCAACCGACUGGAGUACGAUAAGUGGACCCAACACCAGGAUGGAGGCAGACGGUUCGGCCACAUGACGACGAACAUAUCCGAGUGUGUUAACUCUGUACUGAUGGGGACACGGAAUCUGCCGGUGCUGGUCAAGGCGAUCGAGCGCAACCUGAAAGAUGUGAGGUGCUUCACAGUUACUCUAUUCGACAGACAUCAGGCUGAGUAUACUGUGGCUGAGACAACUCCUACCGAUAACUUCUCGCUUGGGACGUAUCAGGUUUUCCUCAGAGAUCGCACUUGUGACUGCGGGUACUUUCAAACUCUCCAUUACCCGUGCUGCCAUGCGAUUGCAUGCUGUGCUCAGUCCCGGUUAGACUGGGCUAUGUAUGUCCAUGAGGUUUAUACCAUGAGUAAGGUGUUUAGCGUAUACCGGAUGGGAUUUUUGCCCCCUAUUCCAGAGGGUCUGUGGCCACUGAACGCUGGUCUUACUAUCGUUCCUAAUCCUAACAUGAGACGUGCCAGAGAAGGGCAAUUGAGGUCAACAAGAAUCCGUAACACCAUGGAUGAGGCCGAUACUAGUCAGUCGAAGCGAUGUGGGCUAUGCAGACAGACAGGACACACUCGCAGGACUUGUCCUCAGCGAGGAUCCGCCCCCAGUGUUGAGGCAUAUGUGUCAUUAGGUCGUCAUGAUUAG